CCACGCAGUUCCUUUGAAGCGUCGAUUGCGGAUAUCAAGCCCACUGCUCUGCCCUAGGUUGUGCGCAACCUCAAUAAUCGGUAGAUACUCGUCGGGAUUAUCAUGGUGCAAAGAACGACAGUCGAUGGCCCGUCUCAGGCAGAACAAUUGCUCCGGGUGACCUCCGGUAUCGCGGCGGAGCUGAUCAAGGCGCACGACGCCAACCAAACCGUGUCGCUCAACGAAAUCCGCGCGCGACUCAGCAAGAAGUUUGGCUUCGGAGGUGUUCCUCGGCUAGUUGACAUCAUCAGUGCCAUCCCAGAUGAAUACAAAAAGGACCUCUUGCCUAAGCUUCGGGCGCGCCCCAUCAGGACAGCCAGUGGGAUCGCCGUCGUCGCAGUGAUGUGCAAACCUCACCGAUGUCCGCACAUUGCAAUGACUGGGAACAUAUGCGUUUAUUGCCCAGGAGGCCCGGACUCGGACUUCGAUUAUAGCACACAGAGCUACACGGGGUACGAACCCACGAGUAUGCGAGCCAUUCGAGCCAGAUACGACCCCUACGAACAAACGCGAGGGCGAGUGGAGCAACUCAAGGCCCUCGGACACAGCGUGGACAAGGUUGAAUUUAUCAUCAUGGGUGGGACGUUCAUGAGCAUGCCGCAAGACUACCGGGAGAAAUUUGUCGCGCAGCUUCAUAACGCGCUCUCCGGGUUCACGGGCACAGAUGUGGAUGAGGCAGUAAAGUUCUCAGAGAGAAGCAAGUCAAAAGCCAUCGGGAUUACCAUCGAAACAAGGCCAGACUAUUGCCUAAAACCGCAUCUGAGUCAGAUGUUGCGAUAUGGUUGCACCCGACUCGAGAUCGGCGUGCAAUCCGUUUACGAGGACGUCGCCCGGGACACUAAUCGUGGCCAUACAGUUCGUGCCGUCACAGAAUCCUUUCAUUUGGCCAAAGACGCCGGCUUCAAGGUCGUGGCACACAUGAUGCCCGACUUGCCUAAUGUAGGCGUCGAGCGCGACCUCGAACAAUUCAAAGAGUUUUUCGAGAACCCAGCGUUUCGUAGCGACGGCCUGAAGAUAUACCCGACGCUGGUGAUCCGCGGGACGGGUUUGUACGAGCUAUGGCGAACUGGGAGGUACAAGAACUAUACUCCGAAUGUGUUGGUGGAUGUUGUCGCAAGGAUCAUGGCGUUGGUUCCGCCGUGGACGCGGGUAUAUCGAGUGCAGCGGGAUAUUCCGUUACCGUUGGUCACGAGUGGUUGCGAGAAUUCAGGGAAUCUACGAGAGCUCGCAUUGAAUCGCAUGAAGGAUUUCGGCGCCGAAUGUCGAGACGUGCGGUUCCGUGAAGUCGGGAUCCACGAGAUACACCACAAAGUUCGUCCAGAGUCGGUGGAACUUCUACGUCGCGAUUACACGGCGAAUGGCGGCUGGGAGACGUUCCUGUCUUAUGAAGAUCCAGAACGCGAUAUCCUCGUCGGUCUACUACGGCUGCGGAAGUGUUCUGACGAGGGCACGUUCAGGCCCGAGCUGGUAAGAAAAGAAGGUGACGAGGGUGGAUGCAGCAUCGUGCGGGAGUUGCAUGUGUAUGGUACCGCUGUGCCUGUACAUGGGCGGGAUCCCACCAAGUUCCAGCAUCAAGGAUUUGGCACGCUCCUCAUGGAGGAGGCGGAGCGAAUAGCCAGGGACGAGCACGGAAGCAUCAAACUCGCGGUCAUCUCGGGCGUCGGCACGCGCGAUUACUACCGGAAGCUAGGUUACGAGUUGGAUGGGCCGUACAUGAGCAAGUCACUGCUGUAGAUCGCGCUCACACUGCCAUCAUUCGCCCAUCACCAACGUAUGGAAGUUGGGGAAGACCAACUCCUCUUCGAUGGUCUUUCGAAUCACGUCCUGGAUGAACCGCUCAACACGCGACACAUUUCUGAGAACGUGCAUGUCGGCCUGGCCAAUCUCGCUCUCGAUGUAUAUCGAUGGCAGCAAGCGUUGGCCAAUAGGAAGCGGCUUUGUGGACGGAAGCUCGUCUAAAUCGGGAGGGGUAUCGUCGGGCGAACGCUUAGGCCGUUCGCCGGCAGGACCAUAGGGAUCCAUGUCAUCCAG